AUGCCGAAGGAGAGGCAGUUGUCUGCGCAGCAGAUAUCCGAGCACAAGACGCCCGACGACUGCUGGAUUGUGGUAGACAAUCAGGUAUGGGAUGUGACGGAUUUCUUGGAAGAGCAUCCGGGAGGAUCUUCAAUUAUCCUAAAGUACGCCGGACGCGAUGCCACCAAAGCAUAUUCUGAAGUCCAUGCUUCGAGUGUUAUCAAGACACACCUAUCACCAGAGCGUAGAAUGGGAGUGCUGGAUGAAGCAACAAUCAAUGAGGACUGGUUGAAGCAACCGCCCACUCAGAAUGCGCCCUUGCUUCUGGAGAACGAAAAGCCACCGCUAGAUACCUUGAUCAAUUCUCACGACUUCGAAUUGGUAGCAUCGAAGACCGCCAGUAAGAAAACAUGGGCGUUCUAUUCCAGUGCUUCGACAGACCUGAUCACGAGGGAUGCGAACAAGCUGUGCUUUGAUCGUAUAUGGCUCCGACCGAGAAUCCUAAAGAAUGUGCGAUCAGUCGACACGAAGACCAAGCUGCUUGGCGUCAAUACCGAGCUUCCGCUCUUCGUUAGCCCAGCAGCAAUGGCGAAGCUCAUCCAUCCAGACGGCGAGUUGGGAAUUGCUAAAGCUUGUGAGAACAAAGGCAUUUUUCAAGGGGUUUCCAAUAACUCUUCCUAUCCCCUCGAUGAGCUGCACAGUGCUGCACCAUCGGUAAAUAUGUUCUUCCAGCUAUACGUGAACCGCGAUCGUGCAAAGUCCGCUGCUCUCCUUCGCCAAUGCUCCGCCAAUCCCAACGUCAAAGCUAUCUUCAUCACGGUGGAUGCCGCCUGGCCUGGGAAGCGGGAAGCAGAUGAGCGUGUAAAAGCCGACGAAACACUAUCGGUCCCAAUGGCGCCAUCCAAAGCAAAGAAUGACAAGAAAGGUGGCGGUCUGGGACGAGUAAUGGCAGGAUUCAUUGAUGCCGGACUGACCUGGGAGGAUAUGGCGUGGGUGCGACAGCAUACACAUUUGCCCGUAUGCCUGAAAGGUGUGAUGUCCGCUGAUGAUGCGAUCCUUGCCAUGGAAGCCGGGCUCGACGGCAUCCUGUUGAGCAACCAUGGCGGGCGGAAUCUCGAUACCAGCCCACCUUCCAUUGUCACUCUAUUGGAGCUACACAAGCGGUGCCCGGAGAUUUUCGAUCGGAUGGAGAUUUACGUCGAUGGUGGUAUUCGGCGGGGAACAGACAUUCUCAAAGCAGUGUGUCUGGGCGCAACAGCGGUUGGAAUGGGACGCAGCAUGCUGUUUGCAACUAAUUAUGGACAGGAGGGUGUAGAACAUUUGAUUGACAUCAUGAGAGACGAGCUCGAGACAGCCAUGCGCAAUGUAGGAAUUACUAGCCUCGACGAGGCUGGUCCCCACCUAGUCAACACAGGUGAUAUAGAUCACCUGGUCCCCAACUCAGCCACCCAUCCCUACGCACGAAUGGUAGCUAAAGGACGACGUCCCACUGGACCUAAGCUAUGA